CCUCUACCCUGGCGGUGGAGGGAGGGGGGGACUGAGAAGAUUUCUCUGAAAUUGCAGGGGCUGUGCGAGGUGCAGGCAGUCACCUGCCAUUCUCACGUUCCCCACAACCACUGCUGUCUGACAGUGGACCAAGAUCCGUACUGACUUCCUACCACACCCUGACUUCCCCUUUUGAGACACAGCAGCCUGCUACCUGUUGCCCCAUCUUAUCUCGGCUGAGAGGACGGGACGGAGCAUUCCAGCAGGCAGGAGGGAGGCCGCGAGACCCAGACCUUAACCUCAGCCCUCUCCGGGAGUGAUGGAGUCACCUCCUUCAGCAGUACAAACUAUGAGCUCUGAAUAUGAUAACAAGACGAUCCUUGUCCACAACGAGGUGCCUGCUGCCUUGAGAGCACCCCAAGAUGCGCCACCCAGUUACACGAGCAACUCUGAAAUAUUCCCCCAGAGUCUGGAUGAUCAGAAAAUCCGGCAGCACUUCAUCAGGAAGGUGUUUGUGAUUCUGGGUGUACAGUUGCUCUUCACCUUUGGUCUGGUCUGCGCCUUCACCUUCGCAUCAGAGAUCAAGGACUUUGUCUGGAAAUACCCAGCAAUAUACUAUUCCUCCUUUGCAGUCUUCCUUCUCACCGUCAUCACUCUGGCCUGCUGCAAAAGCAUUCAGCGCCGAUACCCUUGGAACUUCAUCUGCCUGGCCUUCCUGACCCUCAGCCUCUCCUACAUGGUCGUCAUGGUAGCUUCCUUCAAUGACACCGUCUCUGUUAUGAUUGCUCUGGGCAGCACGGUGGCUGUGUGUUUCGGCAUGAUCCUCUUCUCCAGUCAGACUCGGCUCGACUUCACCUGCUGUAAUGGCUUCCUCCUGGUCCUUUCCAUUGUGGUUAUCAUGUUCGGAUUCUUCUGCAUCUUCUUCUACAGCCAAGUGCUGCAUGUGGUCUAUGGGUCCCUGGGAGCUCUGGUCUUCUCUCUGUUUCUGUUUGUUGACAUCCAGCUCACGCUGGGCAACAAUCAGUUUGGGCUGAGCCCUGAAGAUUAUGUCUUUGCUGCAGUGAUCCUCUACUUGGACAUCAUCUACAUCUUCAUUCACCUGCUGAUGUUCGUGGCCUCCCUCCGGCAGUAGGAGUCCUGAGAAGAGCAGUGUGGAGUGGGAGACUGGUCUCACCAGAGAGGGCAUUUUGUGUCUCAGGGCACCGGGAUAUUGGGAUGCUGCAGCUUUUCCUACACCCCAAACCCAAUGAGAACCUCUACUGCACCUUCCUUUUCCCUCCCAGUCCCACCUGCUUUCUCCCCACCCAGCACCUGGCUUAAGUGCUGCAAAACUGUCUUAUCAUUAAUAAAGUAUUUUUGAUAACUUAAUAUGCAUUACCUCUGCCCCCUGCACAGGUACUGUAGACAGAAGAGGCAUGAAGGGAUGUUGGUAAAGUUCAGGCAAAUGGCCACUGGGUGCCUUGGUAAGCACGGUUGAGUUGGGCUGCAGGACUGGUUUCUCUGCUAUACAAUAUGGCUCCCUCUCCCCGACUCAACAGGCUUAUUCUCUCCUCCCGACACAGUAUACAGUAGGGAAGCAU